AUGGCGGCCUCAAUUACCAGCCCGGAGCUCGGCCAGAUUUCAGAGCAGGUAAAAAUAGACUUGUUAUUAGUCGGGGACCUCACCGUGGGCUGCCUGGCAGACAGCGUGCAGCAGUUCUUUUCCAGCGCCUCCGAAGUCACCAUCACCAUCAGUGACUUGAAGAAGGCAGCUGCACUCUUGAAUGAGUGCACGUUCAACAUGGUUUUCCUCAAGAUGGCUUCUUUCCUAACUGCUGAGGAGGUCGAAGCUGUCAAGUUAAUUAGAUUUGGCAAGAAGAAAAGUGCACACGUGCUCUUUAUUUUUAUAGUUCCUGAAAAUUCUUCAGGUUGUAUUUCAGGGCAUGGAGCUGAUAUUACUUUAAAUGAACCAUUGACAAUGGAAAAAAUGAGUAUUGUGAUAAAAUACUGGAAGGCAUAUUUCUCAAAUACGGUUAGGAGUGAAAGUGCUAGGAGGCCUGAGGAACCUGGAUUGUCCCUGAAGAGAGCCUGCAGUGAACCCCCGGGGUAUUUUUCUACUGAUCUGUUUACCUGCUCUGAAUCUCUAAGAAAUGAUAUUGAACUUGAAUUAAAGCCUCCUUUGUCAGAUUUUGAGAAAAACAAAAAGAUUUCUUGUCUUCAUUCAAGCAAAGAAAAGCUGAGAAGAGAGCGAAUCAAGUAUUGCUGUGAGCAGCUGCGUUCUCUGUUGCCUUAUGUCAAAGGGAGAAAGAAUGAUGCAGCUUCCAUUCUGGAAGCAACUGUUGAUUACGUGAAGUAUGUCCGGGAGAAGAUCCCGCCAGCCAUCAUGAACCAGAUUACAGAAAUCCUUCAGAAUAGUAGGAGAUUUUCUAAGAAACAAAUGCCCGCUCAGCUCUCCUUCCCAGGCUCAGUCAUGGCACAAAGGGAAAACAGUGCACUGACAAGCAAUUUCUCACCCAUGAGAAGCAUCAAAUUCCUGACCAACAAGUGCUUGAAUGUGUAUCCUGCUGAGGCUGCAGAGGGCUGCUUGGAUGAAGCUGUGAGAGGUCAGUCAAGCUCCACUGCAGAGAAUGCUGUUGGUGAUCUGUGUAAAACUCGAAUUCCCAGCACAGCGCUCGCUCUCAAUUCCUUCCAUGCUGUCAGUUAUUAUUCCAAAGUCAUCCCUUCCUAUGAUGCAGCUGCUGUAGCAAAUCAGAACAUUUCAAUUCAUUUGCCAUCGGCUGUCCCCAAAGUCUCCAAGUUUAUUCCUCAACAUUGCAAUUCUGUAUUGGACCAAACAUGCACAACCCAUUCCAACGGUCUGACAACCGCGUCUGGGCACUGGGGAGAUGUGGGCGGUUUGGACAACCUCGCGGCGCUCAGAGGGCGCGCAGAGGGCGUAGGACCCGGACCGCGGCCGCGGUGGGUGCGCCCUGCCAAGAAGGGCGGGGGACGGGGCGCGCACGCGGAGGAGGAGGAGACGGGCGUGUGA